CUAGAAGGGUUUUCAGCAGUGCAGUUUAAAUGCUUUCAGGCUCCAACAUUUUUCAGACAGGUAGUCUUCCAUUUCUGUACUUUCAGCGAUGUUUAUGCAAUUCAUUUCAGCAUUCCAACGCAUUUUCAGCAGGAAAUGCAUUUUCUAGUUCAUACUUCUCUGUCCUUACUAAGUAUUCAGUCCUCAUGCAGUGUAUGUUUAAUAGAGACCUGCUACGUUGACCCUGUGGCUCGUAUAUCUGCAGUGCAAAGGAUUGUGGGUCAUAAAGCCAGAAAAGCUUCUUCCUGUAAAAUGCCACCAGACUUGAUGUACUCGGGCUGUGUUUUGAGGAGACGAACAGAGAAUAACUGGAGGUGUGUUUGUUUUCCAGACCUGGAGCAGCUGGAGGUGUCGUCUCUGUGUGACGGGGUGAACCGGUUCCUCCAGGAUCUACCUGGUCCAGUCCUCCCGUCAUCGCUGCAGACCGACAUGAUUCAUGCGGUGCAAGAUGUCCAGGACCUGGAGGACUGUGCCCAGCUCCUUCGUGGUGUGACCAGUUCUCCCAGCUUCCCGGCCCAGUACGGGCUGACCCUGCUCAGCGUGGUCCGCCACCUGGCCCGGCUCUGUCUGACCGGAACCAGGACCCAGCUGAGCCCCCGAAACCUGGCAGAGACCUUCAGCCCUCUGCUGUUCAGACCGGCUGCAGGGUCUGAGUCCAGUCUGGAUCCUCUGGUUCAGGUCCUGGAGGUUCUGAUAACCAGCGAGCUCAACAUGAACCAGGCUGCACCAGCGUUGCCUCCUAAACCGGUCAAGUCUUCAGCUCCAGCAGCUUCCUGCAGCUUCAACAACAGUAUUUCCCUGCAGGACGCUGAGUGGUACUGGGGAGACAUCUCCAGAGAGGAGGUGAACGAGAAGCUCAGAGACACAGCUGACGGUACGUUCCUGGUUCGAGACGCCUCCACUAAGAUGCACGGAGAUUACACUCUGACUCUGAGGAAAGGAGGCAACAACAAGCUGAUAAAGAUCUUUCAUCGGGAGGGAAAGUACGGCUUCUCCGACCCGUUGACUUUCAGCUCAGUGGUGGAGCUCAUCAACCAUUACCGGCACGAGUCCCUCGCCCAGUACAACCCCAAACUGGAUGUCAAGCUGCUGUACCCGGUCUCCAAACACCAGCAGGACCAGGUGGUGAAGGAGGACAGUAUCGAAGCUGUGGGGAAGAAGCUGCAUGAGUAUCACCUGCAGUUCCAGGAGAAGAAUCGAGAGUACGACAGGCUGUACGAGGAGUACACCAGAACCUCGCAGGAGAUCCAGAUGAAGAGGACUGCCAUCGAGGCCUUCAAUGAGACCAUAAAGAUCUUCGAGGAGCAGUGUCAGACUCAGGAGCGCUUCAGCAAAGAGUACAUCGAGAAGUUUCGCCGAGAGGGCAACGACAAGGAGAUCCAGAGGAUCAUGGAGAACUACGACAAGCUGAAGUCUCGGAUCAGUGAGAUCGUGGACAGCAAGCGUCACCUGGAGGUGGAGCUGAAGAAACAGGCGGCGGACUACAGAGAGAUCGACAAGAAGAUGAACAGCAUCAAACCGGACCUGAUCCAGCUCCGCAAGACCAGGGACCAGUACCUCAUGUGGCUGACUCAGAAGGGAGUCCGUCAGAGGAAACUGAACGAGUGGCUCGGCCUGAAGAACGAGACCACAGAGGAUGAGUACAGCAUGGUGGAGGAUGAGGAGGACCUUCCUCACCACGACGAGCGUCUGUGGCGUUUAGGAAACAUCAACCGUCUUCAGGCCGAGUCUCUGCUCCGUGGGAAGAGAGACGGGACCUUCCUGGUCCGAGACAGCAGCAAGCCGGGCUGCUACGCCUGCUCCAUGGUUGUGGAGGGAGAGGUGAAGCACUGCGUCAUCAACAAGACGAUCACCGGCUUCGGCUUCGCUGAGCCCUACAACCUGUACGGCUCUCUGAAGGAGCUGGUGCUGCACUACCAGCACACCUCGCUGGUCCAACACAACGACUCGCUCAACGUCACGCUGGCCUUCCCCGUCUACAGCCAGCCCCGGCGGUGACCCCGCCCGCCUCGCCCCGACGCUCACAAGUACCAUCCGGUUAUUAACAUCAAUGCUUCGUCACGGGGAAUGUUAGGAUCGAGUGUUUUAUUGUGAAAGUCUUCACGUGGAGCGUUAACUUCCUGCGCAAACAUAAAAAGACAGUUAAGUUUUAUUCUCGUCAAAGACGGAGAGGAAAAAAACACACUUGAGGUCAGAAUGACAAGAGGCGUUCAGGGACCCUACAAAUGAAUUGGACCCUCUGAAAGCAGUUUGACUCAUUAACUGUUUUAUCUUAAUGACUCUGUGACAAACGAACGAGUCGCUUCAUGUCGACGGCAUCCUCUCCUCUUCCUCCUCUUCCUCCUCCUCCAUGUUUGUUGGUGUUGAUAAACCAGCUCAGAGUCUGAGAUGUUCAGAUUAGUUUGAUGAUCUCUUUACCGUCUCAUAUCGUUUUUAAAGUAAUAAAACUGAAACGUUAUAUUUGAAUGAAGUGUUUUAGAUCCUGAACAUCUGAGGUGCGUUCAGGUUCACCUCGCUUACUUACGACGUGGUGACCACCACGGAGAAACGAGGUUCUGUGGGACCGGACUCCUCCUCUAGUCCAACAGAGCAGAACCACGAUGAUGACAACAAAAUGGCGGACAAUCUUGCAUAAUCACUGUGAACGAGGUUUGAAAUGAUUUUAUACAUCAGGAGAAAACAAGAAACGAGAAACCUGCAUCAUCCAAACACUCGUCAGUGUUGUUCCAGGUCCACUUUCUUCAGGUUUGUUGUGGUUUUGUUUCAUUUUGCCGAGCGGACGGAUUUAAUUAUUUCCUUUUUUUUUUAAUAAACGUCCGUCAGCACAAAGACCCACUCCUCCUGGAUCCUCUUCAGAGGGUUUUCCUGAUCCAGUUUCAAGGACUCGUGGACAAAACAAAGUAAAAGUCUGAAGCCCGACUCAUCUUCAUGGAUUAAAUGUUUUCAUCUGAACCAGGAGACAGAACUCUGAACGGGUCCAAAAGGAUUUCAAUCAAAACGUUUCACAUUCGUUUGUUAAUGUCCUGAAUUCUUUCAAGCUCUUGUUUUAAUUAUUAAUCCUCAGAAGUCCUGUUUAUUGUUGUUUCCAUUCAUGACUUUGAAACCAAACUAGUGAACUGAGACGAUGAGUGAUGACAUGUUUAACAAUAAAACGGUCUGAAGACUUCA